AAAAUGCGGAUCUUCAGCUCCUUCUGUCCGUCGAAACUGUUCCGCUGCUGGAAAAAAACUGUAAGUCCGAGUAAACGCUCAAUUUGAAUCACUUUUCUCUCAGAGUGACGGGAUUUAUUCUGUAGAAAGAGUCUGGAAACAAACUGUGAGCUGAGAGAAACCGAGGCCCAAUUAGAGCGAACUGAGUCUGCCCGGCCUGGAGCAGACGGUUGCUGUGAUUUUCUCAUCUCGAGGAAAGCGAUGAGGAAGUGCAGAACAAAAAUAAAACAUCACCACAAAUAGAGCCCUGAGAUGGAGGAAGCGUAUGGUGAACUUUACCAGCAGUUUCUUCGCCUCAGGUCGUUGUGCCUCAGACAGGCAGCUAUGCUUCACCAGCUGACAACAGCCCUGCAGAAACAGCAAGGGGUUUCUGUUCCAGAAGUAGAAGUGAGCGAUCUGAUUUCUAUCCCGGUCCAGUGUUCCCAUGAGGUCCCUGCGUUUCUCCACGAAAAGCCUCAACCACUGACAUCUGCAGGACCAGACCCCACGUCGCCACACGGGGCCGAGCACGCUUCCAGAAAUGCUGGCUGCGCUUCUGGUGUCCUUGCUGAAGGAAUGUCGAAGCUCAGCAUGAACAUGCCCUGUCAGAGGAAGCAGGACGUGAAGACGGAGAUGCUGAACCCGUUCGUGUUCAAUACGGAGUUCUCGAAGUACAACGCAGAUUCUCCCAGUAGGACAAAGCCUUCAGAACAAAAUGGCCCUGGUGAACGCAGAGCUCCAUGCACAGCAAUGGUGCCGAUGACUGAUGGAGGCCUCCUGGACCUGUCUGGAGGAGCCAUGAUGUCUGACGUGGCGAUGCACUCGCAUGUUUGUGACUUCUGCCAAGCAGUUUUUCCCGGAGACUCAACCACACGAGGAGAGUUCCUACGUCACCUUCACACCCAUGUCACAUAGUCCAAAGACAAAUACGGCAGUCGAAACGUAUUUCCCCUCUACAGAUAUCUUUGUUUCUGCUUUUUUUUUUUUCAGGUCAGUAAAUUAGCUUUAAAGUUAGAGAAAGAAACCCUGAGCAAAAAUACUUGUAUUAUGCUUCCUUGAACAGGUUGUAUUAGAUCUAUGGUUGAUACAAACAUGUUCAAUACAUUUUUUUUCCAAAAAUGGCUGCAAAUAGAUAUGCAAUUGCACAAAAGUAUAUCUUUGAAAAGCAGAAGUAGAGCCUCCUGCACAACCAACAACAAAGCAGCAAGACAAAAACACUUGUCUUUUCCAGCAGCCAUUGUGGAUAUUGAAGUAAAACCAGCUGACCAGGUGUGCUGGAGCUCAGCUGGGCAACCCCCAGCAGGGGGUUUGACCCCUAGCAAUCCCUCACCUGGGGUUGUUGCUAGGUGAGGGGUGGUGUCCACUGAUUUUUGACAUUACAUUCUGAAAAAACAACAGCAACAAAACAUUUUGUGUUUAGUCAGGUCAUGCUUCAUAAAAUUAGUCACAAAAAAGUGGAAUAAACUGAAAAUAUUUAAUUCUGACAAAUAAGCAAAAUCAGAAAAAAUCUGAAACGGGGCAAAUACUUGUUAAAGUCACUGCAGUUCUUCUCUCACUGACAUUAGACUUAUACUGUGAUGGUGCAAGUCCACCUCUAAUCACAAUCUCUGGGAAGUGCACCAUUAGCUGAAGUGUGAAAUGAACAGGAACUGGUUGUUAAGCAUUAGCUGUGUGUGAGAGUUUUUUAAGGUGUUUUAUUCAGGGUUUUAUUUGUACUUUGCAUGUGGGUGUAAAUACAUUUUCAAUGGAACAAAAAUCUAGAGAUGCUUUUUUCAGUUCUGGGGAUUUAUGUCAUUUGUCUUUGGCAAAUUUUGUUGCUGUUUCUUGAUUUUGUUUAUUCUCUCAUUCUGUGGGUAUAGAAGCAGAUUUCUAGAUUGUUUUUUUUUUUGUAUUCUCUUUCCUUCUUUAUUCAUCUCUUUGCCUAACUUCUCCUUUCUUUUCUCUCUUUUUUUCCUUUCUUUUCAAUCACCGAGUCCAUCGGAUUUGAAAAUAAACCCACGGCAAUAAUGUUUUAAACCAAACCAAGUGGCCAAGCACAGCAUCGCCAAAGCUGCUGCUGUAGUUAUGUCAUUUCUUGCUCAAUUUUUAACACUUAAGGGAACAACCCAUGUUGAAGUAAUCUUGAAACCAAAAUGCUAAUUUAUACUCUGCUUACUUCAACUGUCCUUGUGCUGCUUGUCAUCAUAUCGGCUGUCUGCUGCUUCACACUGUUACUGAAGAAAGAACAGGAACUAAAAAUAGUUGCAAAGAUUAAACUCUAAUUAGCAGCGCUGACAGCUGAAUGACGAUAACGGCUCCUUUACUGUUGCCAGAUUGAUUUUAUAACCAGACGUUAAGAUCUUGAACACAGUUUCUGUCGUAUCUUUAAGAUUAAAAAAUAUUUAGUGUUACAGAAAAUUUACAAUUAAAUGACAAUCAAAGCGUUAAACACAGAGUGAAGUAUAAAUGAUUGACAGGUGCAACCAAGGUUAAUUAGAUUAGUAAUCAUAAGCCAAUGUGAAGGAUGAGUUCUGAUUUCUUGGAGUUGUCUUUAUUACACGUUACAGCAAAAGAUAGAUGAUUGCUAAAUGUUUCACUGCACUACAUCUUAUUUUGAAUCAACAAAAAUUAUUUAACAUCAUGAACUGAAAGGCACUAAAACAAAAGUGAAAUUUCUAAGACAUAUCAGUGAAAACUGUGAUCUCAGUGAAUUGUUAUAAUUCAUGCAGUUUUUGAGCAUAAAUAACCUGUUACAGAUCAGGAUCUCAGUGAUAUUUAGACUUUCCGCUGUGGAUCUACAGGUGUUCUCUAAUGAGUGUAAGGUCAUGACCUCAUGAUUCCAUCAACGCUGUUGCCUCCAUGUGUCUCUAAUGCUCUCUUCCUUAAAUGCUUUGCUAGUUUUUUACUAGAGGUUGCCACACUUAUAGCUCUACACUUUUGAAAAGGUUUCUCUUUCGUAUAGUCAGUUCAUAUAAUAUUUCUUCUAGUACUGUGGAAAAGUUUUUUUUUUUUACAAGCUUCUAUGUUAUUUUUAUUCAGCAGGAGUUUUGUCUUUGGUCUCUCGUUGAUGCAGUUUUUUUCCCCAAUCUCUGUACUUUUUUUCUGUUUCUUUUGUGACAUGCAGGAAGAGUUUGUAAUGAUCUCUUGAAAUUUAUGUGGAGCACCAGCUUCUCCAGAAAAGCUUCCCUACUGUUUCAUCUUUUCUCCAUUUUUUCUUUCUUUCUUUUUUUUAAACCUACUUUAUGUUUGACAGGAUCUAUUUAAGUGACUCAUACACUGUACAGUUAUUAGGCCCAGGUGUAGUUCAUAAAAAUGAAACAAAUAAAAAAAAAAAAAGUGGUUACUUCUGUUUAAUCCGGCAAAGUUAUUUUAAGAGAUGUGGGAAAGGAGAGUUCAUGUAGGUGAAAACUCAAGUCUAAGGUGUGUAUGUGCUCUGCAAAGAGAAGGCAUGUAUGAUAGGAUAUUAAAG